CCGUCGUGGAUGUGAGAUCGCGGCGGGCGGCUCGCUCGGUGUGCUUAUUCGCGGCGACGCCUGAUAGUCUGAUACGCGGUAGUUAUUACGACAACGAUAACGACGACGGCGGCGGUGACAACGGCAGGACGGGUCGGGACGAGACGCGACGCGAGGCGACGCAACUACGAGAUCGGACGCCAUCACCGGGCGCGAAUUCGCAAACCGCAGGAUCCGCCAAGUUUUCAGAGCCGCGCUCGCAAUUGGGUGUAGCAGUCGCACAGCGCUCUGCACGUCCUCUCAUCUUUCGCGUCUUCCGCGUUCCUUCUGGAGCGGCGAGGCGUCGACCGGAGAGAAAGAGAGAGGCUUAGCAGCCGCCGGCGGUACCCGACGAGUGCGAGCGCUGGAGAUCAGCGAGGCGCGGCGAGAAGGGGGCGUCCCACCGUCGAACUCAGCCGGAACCUUGGCAGCAACAACCCGCCCGUUGCCUCUUGCGGUGCGCCCAAGGGAGUGAUGCGGCGCUCACUGGUGACGUGAUCGACCUCUCGGUCAGCUACACGGCGUGACCUCGUUCGCGAGUGGCUGGCCGUUCACUCACUUCCUUGCGAAAAGCCCAGGCGUCUCCGAGCGAGCGAAAAGCGCGUCACACCGAAUUUGCGUUUCCAAACCGGCGGAGUCCCUCCGAUAUACACCAGCUUCCCUGUGGCUCCUGUUCGUUUCUACUUUUCGAGAAUUUUAUCUAUCUCUGGGAACGGCAAGGGAAGAUAUCGCAAACGGGAACUCCAUUGAGCUCGCUUACCCGUCUAGACAAUCGAGGAAGAGAGAGAGAGAGAGAGAGAGAGAGAGAGGGGGAGGAAAAAGCUGUCGUCGUUGUCUGUCGAAAUCGGGAAACGAAAAGAAGCGAUCGGGAGGAGCGCUUUUUCGGAGGGAUCGGAAAGACUGGAGACACCUCGCGGGAAAAGACAUCGGGAAGCAUCGACUUGCUCAUGCCUGCAAGUGGGGAAAAACCGUGCGAGAAGACGCCGAGGGUAUGAAGGCACCUUCGUAACGACUGAUCGGGCACUCGGCAGGAAGAAGACGGUGGAAUUGAGAUGCGUUGGACGAGGGUCGUUUAUCGAAGAGUACUUUUCUGACAAACGAAGAAAAGGGCACAACGAUAGGAAUCUGGAAGGUAUGAAGAACGUGCGGAGGACAGGGCGUUGAUGGCAGGAAGAAUCGGGACGACGAGCGUUGCUACUUGAAGCGUUCUCGGAGUAAACUUUCCUCGUCAGGUCGACCCCCGCUAGGCUACCUCCAUUCCGUCUCGAAACUUCUUACAAAGAAACCCAACGAACAGGGAAGAAACAAGCGGUCUAAUAACGGGGCGCUCGGAGAGCGGCUGAGUACCUGCGAGCAACGGGAUGGUCAGCCGAAUGGGAGAACUAUGAGAGUCGAGAAGCAGCAACAGGCCGGACGAUGUUCGCGAAGCUGCCAGGGUUGCAGUGAAGAGUCCCAUCGAGCGGGAGAAUCGAGCGGAACAAUUUGAUCCGACGAGUGUAACCGGCGAGACAGAUCAUAGCAGAACGGCCGAGAGCGAACGAUGACGAACCCCCGCGACUCACCUUGAGGCUGUCGCGCGCGCGCGCGCGACGCUCCACGAGGGGAACAGCGCAGGGCGAGGUCGCGUUGGAUGUCCUCGCGACGAGGUUGCCCGCUAAUCGGGAAGGUCGUUCGCGAUCGCCGCAGAGACCGCUCGCGACGGUCGCGGGCAUCCCCGCUGGCUGCGUGCGCGACGUUAUCAGUGAGAUCAUCUCGUCGCCUCCCCCACUCGCGGCCACAUGACUUGACGAUCGCCGCUUCCUUCUCCCGCUGCUGCUCCUUCCCGUUGACGGCCACCGAAGGCGGCGGCGGCGGUGUGGCAACGGCAGCGUCACGACCACGUCGACGUGGACGAUAGCUCGACGAGCAGUCAACGGCUGGCGACGUCACGCCAGCGGCUCGGUAUUUAACGAGUGACACGCGUUCCUGCCGAAUCAGUCGCUCGCCGGCAGCCGCGGGUCCGCAGGUGCUAAACGCGCGUGGAUGCCUGCCUGUGUGUUGGAGAGAAAGAGAAGGAGAAGGAGAUAGAGAUAUAGCUAGAAAGGUAGAGGGCGCGUGUUCCUUGUAUGUGUUUGUGUGUGCGCGCGGUAUUUUUCUGGAUCGUCGACCUCGCUCGCUCUCGCGUCUCGCGUGUACAGAGGGAGAAUCCGGCACGGAGGAAGAAUCGGCCUACGGUAGUAUCCGUAGAAGAGGAGUAAUAGAGGGGCACGGGGCGGCACGAGGGUGAGUCCUGCUCUGGGGUGCCGUAAAGAGUCCUUCUCCUCUGCGAUUCUCGGCAAUCGUGGUGCGUCGUAACGACCGUGGUGUUUGUCGUGGUGGCGCGGUGUUACCGUUGUGUCACUGCUAUCCUGGCAGGUGGAGGCGGUGGCGACGGUGGCGGUGGUGUUGGUGGAUAUAUAUAGUGGUGGAUAGCGGUGGCCUGCGGGGGCGGCGAAACUGGAGCAGCAGCCGGUGACGGUCGUCGUCGUCGCUGCAGCGGAGGAGCUAUCAUGUGCACGCGGCGAAUUCUCGGACUGGCGGUCGUGGCCCUGCUGACUCUCGGCGGUCGAGCGCGCGCGUACACCAACCAGUGGGCGGCGCACAUCGAGGGGGGAGAGGAGGUGGCCAAGCAGGUCGCCGAGGACUAUGGCUUUCGCUAUUUGGGCAAGAUAAACGAUGACUGGUACCACAUGGAGCAUCGAUCCGUGGAGAAGAGAUCGACGGAGCCGCAUCUCGAAGUGCACCAGAGGCUAAUAAAAGACUCCAGAGUACGUAGAGCGGAGCAACAGCGGGCGAAAUCGCGCACUAAGAGGGAUCUUAUAGUCAAACGUCCGUCCAAUAUACUAACCAUGCUGAACGACGAGAGGUGGCCUCAAAUGUGGUAUCUGAACAGGGGAAAGGGCUUGGACAUGAACGUGCAGGGUGCCUGGGCGGAGGGAAUCACCGGAAGUGGCGUAGUAGUUACAAUUCUCGACGACGGAUUAGAGAAGGAUCAUCCUGACCUCUACAAGAAUUACGACCCGCAGGCAAGUUACGACGUCAACAGCCACGACGAGGACCCGAUGCCGAGAUACGACCUGGUCGACAGCAAUAGACACGGCACCAGGUGCGCCGGAGAGGUCGCUGCCACUGCCAACAAUUCUAUUUGCGCCGUAGGCGUUGCUUUUGGAGCUGGCGUAGGUGGUGUUCGAAUGCUGGACGGCGACGUGACGGACGCCGUCGAGGCAAGGUCGUUGAGUUUAAAUCCUCAACACAUUGACAUUUAUAGCGCAUCGUGGGGCCCGGAUGAUGAUGGUAAAACUGUGGACGGCCCGGGUGAAUUGGCCACUAGAGCUUUCAUCGAAGGCAUUACCAAAGGUCGCAACGGCAAGGGUUCCAUUUUCGUGUGGGCGUCCGGAAACGGCGGCCGCGACCAUGACAACUGCAACUGCGACGGCUACACCAACAGCAUCUGGACCUUGUCGAUCAGCAGCGCUACCGAGAACGGCCUCGUGCCCUGGUACAGCGAGGCGUGCUCAUCCACCCUUGCGACCACCUAUAGCUCAGGCGCGACGGGUGAGAAGCAGGUCGUCACUACAGACCUGCACCAUCAUUGUACCAGCAGCCACACUGGCACGUCCGCGUCGGCGCCGUUAGCCGCCGGCAUCUGUGCCCUCGCCCUCGAAGCGAACAAGGAUUUGACCUGGAGAGACAUGCAACACAUCGUGGUCAGAACCGCCAAACCCGCGAACCUCCAGGCGCUCGAUUGGGUGGUCAACGGCGUGGGUAGAAACGUGAGCCACAGCUUCGGUUACGGACUGAUGGACGCCACUGCCAUGGUACGCUUAGCGAAAAGGUGGAGAACCGUCCCGGAGCAGCACAGAUGCGAGGUAUCGGCGCCGCACUCUGGCAGGUCAAUACCGCCAAAGAGUCAAUUGAGUCUCGACUUACAUGUCAAGGAGUGCAGCGGCGUUAAUUUCCUGGAGCACGUUCAGGCGAAGGUAUCAUUGAUGGCGACGAGACGAGGGGAUCUUCAGAUACAGCUAACGUCCCCUCAAGGCACGAAGAGCACUCUUCUCGCCAAGAGGCCGCACGACGUCUCGAAGGCCGGUUUCAGCCAAUGGCCGUUCAUGUCGGUGCACACGUGGGGCGAGAGACCGCACGGCACCUGGAGAUUAGAAAUCCACAAUGAGGGUCGAUACCUCGGACGCGCCACCCUGCACGAGUGGGCGUUGAUCUUCUACGGGACGUCGACGCUGCCCGAUCGCACCGAGUACGCGCUUUACAACCCGGCCGGCAUGAACGUGCCGAGGCGGCCGUUCGUGAAGCCGCGCGAGACCAGCUUCUCCAAGAGCCAGAACGCCUUGGCGAAGGGCAAGCAGGCGCAGCACAAGUCCGACAAGUCCGGCAAUCUGAGCCCGCCCUACGUGGUGAACGCGCAGAUACAGUCACAGCGGAAGGGAAAGGCUCGCGGCCAGCACAAAAAUGGCAAGUCGGCCAGUCGGCCGAACCCGAAGCCGACCGCUCAGACCCUCCGCGGGCUCACCGGGGCCAACGGCAGAGGCCCCGCCGUCGCCGGCGACAUGCGCUUGAUCACGUCGAGGCCGCGCGGCCGGAGCACGCCGAGCCCGGUCACCAGCACGACGACCCAAGCGGCCGCGACCGCGAGGACGCAGACCGCUGCCACGUGCAGACACAGGAUCGUCGACGUGGUGACCGCGUCGCCCCUCCAGAGAGGACUGAUCUUGUUGGAGCCGCCGGCCAAGGAGGCCACUAACAAGGUCCCGGAGGUUUUCCAGCAGUACCCCAAGAUCCAACAGCUUUAUCCGGUUUAUCCCGGCGGCGCUCGCGGUGUCGGACAGCAGCAUGCCACAAGGGCCAAAGGACUCGACCUGCUGCAGGACGAGCAGUUUGACCCCAGGAACAUGGACAAGGACACGCUGGAGGACUGGAAGCUCGUGUUCUUCGGCACGGAAACGUCGGUGGAAAUAGACGACGAGCUGGACAAGGACAAGCCGCAGCCGCCGGUGAUCCACCAAGAGACGGCGCAGGACAACACAGCGUUGGACCCCCGGCAAAACGCCGUGGACACCGAGGGUGACCCAUGGACAGGCAGCCAGCAGAUGGACCGAGUUUCCCACCCGGAAGUGCAGAGGCCAACGACGGAGAACCAGAGGAGUAACUGCGCCGCGUUCGAAGCCGGAAGUGGCAGGUGCCUAGUGUGCAAGCCGAACUGGUACCACAACGGCGACGAAGGCUGCUCGCGAGAAUGUCCGUCCGGGACUUACGCGGUCUGGGAUCACGACAAGACCGGCGCGUUCUGUGUCGAAUGCCAUUACUCGUGCCAGACUUGCAGAGGUUCCAGCGACGUCGACUGCGUCGCCUGCCACGAGGAUUCGGUGCUCAUAUCGAGCGGCAACGGGACACGUUGCGUGCUGAUCAAUCUCUCCUGGAAGAUGCAGUCCACAGUAUGGUACUACAGAAUGACCGUCUUCUUCACGAUCAACAUCUUUCUGAUGAUCGUCCUCAUAGUUUGCUCCUUGGUCCGCUUGUACCUACGUCGACGUCAACACACCCACGAGUACAGCCAAGUGUCGUAUACCGGCAACGGAGAAGUUCACGCAGACGUGGAACGAUUGCGGGGCAACACGUGUGUUUCCGACAGCGAGUGAACCUCCCGCGAACGUCGGCUGGGGUGAAGAUAUCGCGGCAGUGUGAUAAUUCGAGGGAACGCUUUCGGAAAUAUACCGACUCUAAGGACUAUUCCGGCGAUAUUUGAAAAUGAUGUGAUAAUAUUCCGCUGAUGUUACGGACACAAAUUCGAGACCACUGUUGUAGCACAGAAAUAGUUGAAGGAUAUUCCAGCGAUAUUUCUGAAGCGCCUUCUUAACCUGAGAAUGGAAAGGAGCUCAACAUUGAAUUGAGUUUUGCAGCUUCCUAUUUUUUCGUUUCAGUCAGGAGGAUGGAAAAUUCUUCAAAACGUUCUUUCACUUCGCAUUUCGCGGACGAGGAGAUGUAAACCUUUAAGAUUAAUUCUGAAAAAGAAUUUGUCCCGGAAAUAAUGCGAAAGAUAUUCUCCAAAAUCCUGAUAGCGCUGCGAAGGAGCGCCCGGCGCUAUCACGAGACUGAUGGGAUAUAAAUAUUUCGCAAUUACGCACAAUACAUAUAAGAUUACUUCUAAAUAAUUUAUAAUACAAAUGCAACAAGGGAGCACGUAUAACCGAUCAGGCGCUUCAUGGGCCGAACGAAAGCCGAAAUGUGCGGGAGAUAAAAGAGAGGAGAGGAGGAUUUUUCUCUCGCGGAAAAAUUAUGAGUCUUCCUCUUAAUAUUCCGCAAAGUUAUCUUCUGCGCGAGCUCGCGGAAUUCCGUCGUCAGGUUUCGAGUCGCUAUGCUGCACCUUUGCGACUGUAUAUGCGGCGAAUGCUCCUUUUGUAGAGGCAAUUCGCGGGCAACGUCCGGAGCAUAAAGCGUUAAUGGCGCCGAUAGUUUCCUUUGAGACGGAGCGAUCGCCACGUCGCGAUGCCAGUAUUGUAGCGAUAGUUUGCAACGGUCAGCCGUUUAUCGACCGCCGAAGUGAAGCAGCGCGGAGUAAUGUCCCUCGAGGCCACUGAGUGAUUUCACGCGAUUCAGCGAGUCUUAAGCAGUCGCACGGACACACUCGGACAUUCCAUUAUGCGACCGAGAGUGAGCACGGCGAGCUUCUACUUCGAUUCGCGGUUAGUCAGCUACGAUUAACGAAUUAACUUCGCUCGGCCGGCGCGGGGAUAAAACGCGUUGCGCGGUUUACGCAUUGAAGGCCGUUGAACAAGACUUCUCUGUAGGACAAUAAUUCUAGGACAAUAAUCGUGUGUUCAAGAACUGAGGACUAAAGAGGAACAGCCGACGCACUCGUAUCCGGAUCGUCGUCCGGAUCGCCUCGAAGCGCGCAAGCAGGCUAAUAUAUCUCAUUUAUUACCCGCGGAUUCGCGCGAGUCGCCGAGUUCCUCGGAUGAUGCGGCAAUACGAUGCCGCAAUACGAUGCGAUUUAAUUAACGGGAUUGCCGCACCGUACAAUAUAUGCGCGCACGGUGCGCGUCGCACGCUGCAAUCCGGAGCGGUGAGGGGUCAAUGUGACUUCUGACGAGAACAUUGACUUGAGAACCGACAAGAACGGGCCUCAUUAUGACGAAAUGAGAACAAUUACAGCGAAACUUUUGCGGGAGCAGAUUACCUCAAUAAUGUGAUACGCCUAGUAAGGUCAGUCGUAGGUAGGCCAUCAUCCUUCUCUCAUCGCCCGCUGCAAUUACUUAUAAUUGUUACCAGUAAUCAUUAAUCUGCCACGUCGACAUGUCGCGGUGUACAUUGUUCUUGUUAAUGUUGUGAAUUUAAUAAAGCGACGAAAGAUAAUAA